AUGUCGGUAGUGGUUAAUGUUAGUCCAACUAAGGAAUUUGUCGUCAAGAGAGGAUUAAGACAAGGUGACCCAUUAUCACCUUUUCUUUUUGUUUUAGUGGCGGAGGCUCUUGCUAGGUUGGUAAGAAAAUCAAUUGAAAUUGGGGAAUUUGAAAAUUUUGUUAUUAAACGGAGUUGUGGUGUUGAUAUUCUUCAAUUUGCGGAUGACACUUUGUUGGUUGGAGAAGGGACGUGGAAGCAUGUAAAGGCGUUGAAGAUUGUUUUGAGAGCUUUUGAGCUAGUUUCGGGUCUUGGUAUUAAUUUCCACAAAAGCAAGUUGAUUGGAAUAAAUGUUUCGCCUCUUUUUUUGAAAGCCGCCGCUUUCUAUCUUUCUUGUAAAAUAGAAGAUAGUAAUUUAUUUUUUCUUGGAAUUCCCAUUGGAUUCAAUCAUAGGAAGGAAUCAACUUGGACUUCUCUCUUGGAAAAAAUGAAAAAACGUUUUGCAUGGUGGAAGAAUCGCUUUCUCAAUCUUGAAGGUAGGAUCACUCUUUUGAAGUUUAUCUUGAGUUCUCUUAAUAUUUUUACUAUGUCUUUCUACAAGAUGCCGGUUAAAGUAGUAAAAGAAUUUAACAAGAUUCAAAGUAAUUUAUCAUGGGGGAGUGGAGGAAAAGAGGAACAUUCAUUGGUGGAUCGGAGGAUUGUUCAAGGCCAUAAGUCUUUAUGGUUUGAUGUUUUGAAUGCCCGGUAUGGAGAUUUAUGUAUGCAUGUUACAUGUGGAGGAGAUACUUACAAACUUUCUUCUUCAUCUUUUUGGUGGCGAGAUAUUCUAAAGGUUGGUUUUUUUCCUCCUUCUUCUAAUGAUCCAAAUGUAUCUUAUUGUUGUUUUAAAGUUGGAAAUGGUUUCAACACCCCGUUUUGGGAAGCAAGUUGGUUAGACAAUUCUAUUUUGAUGAAAACUUCUUCGAAACUUUUUUCGGCUUCUUCUUUGAAAAAAGUUUUGGUGGCGGCUAUGGGUGGUUGGUGUGAUGGGGUUUGGAAGUGGGGUGAUUUAGGCAUCUCGGAUGUCGGGUUGGGAGAGCCGGAUUUUUUAGCUAUGUACACGGGUUUGCAGGCUCUUUUAGAGUCUUUCAGGGGAAUGAAUGAGAAUAAGGAUUCCAUGGUUUGGUCUCUUGAUACGGAGAAGGGUUAUACGGUUUCUUCGUCCUACUUGAGGUAUGCUUUAAUGUGUAUCCCUUUUGGUCCUCUAAAUAGGUGUGAUGAGGCUUUGGAAUUGAUUUAG